AUGUCUCCAACACGUGACCUGCUGCUUCUCUCCGUCUGCCUCUUAGCAGCAGCUGCGAGCCUCCCGACCGCCAGCGCGCAAACCCGCAGGCUGCGCGUUGCAGCGCAUGACUCCGAAGAGCCUUCUAAAGCGCUUCAGCAACAAGCUGGUGCUCGUGUUCGGCGACAGCAUCUCGAAGAAUUUCGCCGGGUCCGUCGCGUGCGUGCUGUACGCCGCAUGCGAGCUGCUCCCGCUUCUUGCUACCACCCACAUUCUGCCCUUUUCCCUCCCCAUUCCUCCCUUCCCGCUUCCCCCUCCCCUUUUCCAUCCCCUUCUCCCCGCCAGCCCGCAGGCUGCGCGUUGCAGCGCAUGACUCCGAAGAGCCUUCUAAAGCGCUUCAGCAACAAGCUGGUGCUCGUGUUCGGCGACAGCAUCUCGAAGAAUUUCGCCGGGUCCCCCGCAGGCUGCGCGUUGCAGCGCAUGACUCCGAAGAGCCUUCUAAAGCGCUUCAGCAACAAGCUGGUGCUCGUGUUCGGCGACAGCAUCUCGAAGAAUUUCGCCGGGUCCGUCGCGUGCGUGCUGUACGCAGCGUCGCCCGGCACCAUCCAGAAUUUCCGCAUCGCCAACGGCAACACCAAGGCGUACGGCGUCAGGGUUCCUCAUUUCAGAACUCGGUUCGCGUCGGUGUUCUCCAAUUGGCUGAACCACGCGAGCGGGCUGGGCGGCAGUAUGAACCGCGUUGACCUCGAUCAGAUCGACCCGCAGAUCACCGAUCUCCUCCCACUGGCCGACAUUGUUGUUUUCCAGAUUGCUCUGUUACCCUCCUUUUCCUCCCCUUCCUCCCCUUCUCCCUCCCCACCUUCCCCUUUCCCCGCCCCAGCCGUCCCCAUACCCUUUAUUAUCUCUCCUUCACCUAUUGUAUAG